UAGCAAUGUCGAGGAAGGUACUACUGUGUGUACAGGUUGGUAUCUUACUGCUGUUGCUCUGGUUGCUUCCAGACUUACAGCUACCACCACUAUUCCAAUAUACACCACCACAUGCAGCCUACAGAAGAAGCUGCUACAGAUACCACCCAAACCUCACAGCGGAAAACACGUGUUGCAAGAUGACCAACUUCAGCGGUGCUCUUCACCUUCUUCACAGGUGUAUAACACGCGCUAACACACACCUGCUCAACGAGGCCAAAGGACAGACCGAUGACGUCGGAGAGAAAACCAAUGCAAACGGAACAGAGAAACCCGGUGAUGGCGCUGAAGGUAAUUGGUCGUCUAUCAAGGGGGUACACUGGGUCCUUGUCGGCGACUCUCACGUCCGCUACAUCUUGGGUGCCUUCCUCACCCGCUUCAGAAGUCCCGGACUCAAGUUCAGAAAGACCCAUACUGAGAAAUGGGAAGACACAGAAGAGAUAGAGAAGAUCGUUAGGCACAAUAUAAAACAGCGAAGAAUUCACGUGCUUGACCGGGACAUCAACUUCCGAAUGACCUAUAUCUGUGAUCCUCUUCUGACACUGCUGCCGUUGGAGAUGGCGCUCUGGGAGCGGCGACCCCAAGAAACUCCCAGCCUCCUCAUCUUCGCUGGCGCCUUGCACUGGAUGCUAACGACGAAGAACCUGUACUUCAAGAAUGGGAUGGAGGCGGCGGCAGCAAAGUACAGAGAGCAUUUUAGGAGCUUAAGGCCACAACUAAUGCGACUCUCUAACAGAACGACCGUCGUCUUUAAGUUGCUCGACGACCUCAAGCGAACGAACAUAAGCAACUCGACAGAGCCUCUCUUGAGCUUCAGGAACUAUGUCCUGUACAACAAGAUCGCGGUGCAGGAGUUGUCAGGGACGGGCGUGAUCAUCUGGGACAGCACGAGGCCUCUCUCCACCGACUACGCCCAUCACUGUAUCAAGAACCCCGAAAUGCAAACCCCUCCAUACUUCUACUGGAAGUGUCAAGACUUAGGUCAUGUUGGUUACAUCCUGGUCGACCAGUAUGCCGAUAUGAUCAUCAAUGACUUUUGUAACAAACAUCUCAAUAUCCCAGGAGCUUGUCUAUAGCUCUUCAUGAAGUAAAUAAUGUUAUAUUAAAUUUUUAGGAGAGGUU